CAAAAAACCACUGUUUCAUGUCAGAUUUCUCGUAACUGAAAUUUCUUAUCGGCCUUUUGCAUAAAAAUCGUCGUUCUUUUCUUUGUUCGUUUAGUUUAUUUCAUUUAAAUUAAAACUCCCAUCAAGCAAACCGAAUUUCAACUAAAAUGGCAGACGAAAACCGAAUUCGCUCCUUUAAAAACAAAGGCAAGGACACCGAGGAAAUGAGACGUAGGCGAAUCGGCCAAACUGUGGAGCUCCGCAAGGCCCGAAAAGACAACCAAUUACUGAAGAGAAGGAACAUCUCCACUUCGGAGGAACCUACUUCCCCGUUGCAAGAGAAGAAUGCCUCAGCGCCCCCGUCGAUGAACGCUGAUGAAAUUAUGUAUGCAAUGAUGAGCCCAGACGAGAACAUCCAAUACCAGGCCACUUUAGCUUGCAGGAAAAUUUUGAGCAGGGAAAAGACACCACCUAUCGACCAAAUGAUCAGAUUGGGUGUCGUACCGAGAUGUGUGGAGUUCCUAACAAAAUCGCACAAUCCUGCUUUGCAAUUUGAAGCUUGCUGGGCCUUGACCAACAUAGCUUCCGGUACUUCCGAACAAACAGCAGCUGUCGUACAAGAAGGCGCCAUUCCACGUUUACAAGCGCUUCUUUCAUCUCCGAAAAUCGAAGUGGCCGAGCAAGCCAUUUGGGCGUUGGGAAACAUUGCUGGAGACGGGCCUGAGACUAGAGACAUGAUUCUAAACGCCAACGUCUUGCCGGAUUUCCUGAGACUGAUUACACCGGCUACUUCCCUCUCGGUUCUGAGGAACACCGUUUGGGCCAUAUCCAAUUUGUGUAGGAAUAAGAAUCCGUCCCCGAAUUUCGAACUUCUGAGACCGGUUCUACCAUUCUUAGCCAAUUUGAUCAAUCACGAUGAUGAUGAUAUCCUGGCCGAUACUUGUUGGGCUCUUAGUUACCUAACUGAUGGUCCUAAUGAGAAAAUCGAAGCUGUCUUGGCUACAGGUCUCAUCGAUAGAUUGGUGCAAUUGUUGAGUUCUGAUAAGAACGCGGUACUAACUCCAGCUCUGAGAGCCAUUGGUAACAUUGUUACCGGUAACGACGUGCAAACGCAGAUGGUAAUCAACGCUGGAGCAUUAGAAAUGCUGCGCAAGUUACUCGGUCAUCCGAGGUUGAACAUUGUAAAGGAAGCUGCUUGGGCUGUAUCGAACAUCACUGCAGGUAAUGGUGAGCAAAUCCAAUCUGUGCUGGAUGCAGGAAUUAUGCCUCCGCUUCUGCAAGUGCUCCAAACCGGAGACUUCAAAAGCCAAAAAGAGGCUGCUUGGGCGGUUACGAACUACACCAGCGGCGGUACCAUUCCUCAAUUAGCGAAACUCGUCGAAUUCGGAGCCCUGAAGCCAUUGUGUAACUUGUUGAAUUCAAAAGACUACAAGACUGUAUUAGUUGUAUUAGACGGAUUAAACAACAUUCUGAGCGCCGCCCAAAAACUAGGAGAACCCGAGAAAGUAGCCAUAAUGAUUGAAGAAUGCGGCGGGCUCGAUGGAAUUGAAGCGCUACAAAGCCAUGAAAAUGAAAAGAUAUACGAAAAGGCUCUUAGUUUAAUUGAGAAUUACUUCUCUGAGGGCGGCGCUGAAAACGAUUAUGAACUUGCUGUUCCUCAAACUACUAAUGGUCAGAUCCAAUUUUCAUCUACCGCCGAAGUGCCUAGAGGAGGAUUUUCUUUUUAAAAAAUCAUUAAUUUUAGUUAUUUUUAUGUUAGUCGUAAAUCUUGUUGUUUUGUAAUCGACCUAUUGAUUUAUUUUAAAUUAAGAAUUAAUCAUUAUUCUAUGUAUUUUGUACUAUUUUUUCACCAGUUUCAUGUUAUUCUCUCUAUUUUUUUACUGAAAAUUAGAUUUACCUUUAUAUUUUCAUAAUUCUAAUAAAAAUUUUCGCUAUA